AACCAGAGGCAGUGAUAUCAGCGUAGUGUAGUCAAACUCUGCAGUUGAUUUACUGUUGUCUACAUGUCAGUGGGCUAAUGUAACAGUAGUGCUUGGUUAGACAAUGUAGUUGAUACAGUACGAUGUAGUUGAUAUGUAAAAAGACAUCUGCAUCAUCUGUAUUCCGUCAGUUGUCGUCUUGGCAUCUAUCCCCUGCUGUUUCCAUGUGUUUUGAUGUGUUGUUUGACGAUGUAUAAUGCAUAACGGCGCAGUCAAAUAACGCUUAACAACUGCGAUGCAUAACGAUAGAUGCUGGAGCUAACGAGUAACAGCAUCAGAACGAAAAGAGGUACAGACACAGUCAAACGACACAUCAGAAUGGCUACGAGUAAUUCAAUAGUCAAAACACUUCUUGACAAUAAGGAUAGUGUUGCAGUCAAUCCACAAGAGCAUGACAAGAAGAAAGCUAGGCUAAAGAGUUUAUUUUAAAGCUAAAUUUGUACAUAAAUUGGCUCACGCCAGCCACCGACACCGAUAGUGUCUGUUCAAGUGAGCAAAAGACACUGAAGAAACCGGUCUGUCACAACUAAAGUUGAACUGAUGGAAAACGAGGAAGAAGAAAAGGAACCAGAGUCUGAAGUGGCUGAUCUCCGGCUAAAAGUAGAGUCCUUGCAAAAAGAGCUCUGUGAAUGCAGAUCUGAGCUCACCAAGUUACAGAAACAGCUGAACCAGUCAGAGAGACUACAGAGGAGCACAGAGAGCUACAACGAGGACCUGAGGAAACAGGUUGACCAGCUGAGUGCUGAGAUUCAUGAACGUAAGAAGAAAGAUAAAGACAGAGUUGACUGUGAAACUCAGACAGAAGAAUAUGUAUGGACAGAAACAGAUUAUUACAACUAUUACUAUGGAGGCUAUACACAGAACCAAGAAGCCUCGUAUACUCAGAGCACACAGGUUUUGCCCGACACAGAGGCCUCGUACAUUCAGGAAGGCCAGCGCACGGAGGGUGCAGUGAGUACAGCUGAUGGCAGCGAGGCAGCCGAGGUGCCAACAACAAACGAAGCAGAAGCUGCUGAUGUGUCAGAACAACCUGACAGCAGUGUAGCUGUCACAGCAGAGGGCGGUGAUGGAGGAUCAAUAGCUGACAUGUUGAGGGCCACUGCUGAAGAGGCCAUGACACAGACUGGGUUUGUCUUUGAUGAGACCACUGGCAUGUACUAUGACCACAGCACAGGCUUCUACUAUGACUCGGCCAGUCAGUUGUACUAUGAUGCCAACACUGGCAUUUACUACUACUAUGAUGCAGAGAGUGGACGAUACCAGUUUCAUUCCCGGAUCGAGGUUCCUGCUGUACAAGCCACAACAGAACCUUAUCCAGAUAUUAGCAAUGUUGAAAAGAAGGGCAGAAAGUUUAAGAAAGGGUUCAAGAAGAACUCACAGCAGGAUGAGAAGGGAGUCACGCAUAAUGAGGUUAGGAUGGAGGAAGACGAAACCAAGUGGGUUGAAAAACAAACAACUAAAAGGACCUCAGAACAGCGAAAACUCAAGCAAAGGUCUCACAGUCCAGAUGUGGCACCACGACGAAGAGACUCUUCAAAACGAGAGGAGAGAGAAAAGUCAUCCUCAAAGAGGAGGAAACAGAAAAAUGGUACCCAUUGUGACGAUAAGGGUAGUUCAAGGAAGAAAAAAAAGAAAUCCAAAUUGAAAAAGGAGAAGAAGAAAAAGAGCCAAAGUGAUGACUCAGAAGGGAACAGUGAACCAGAGGAGGGUGAAAUCACAGAGUCUGAGAAGGAGGAGUGGGAAUCAUCUCCUUCAGUUUCAUCAUCUUCUCCGCUUUCUCCCUCUCAUGGAAGCCCAGAGUCAGAAAUGGAGACUCAAAUUCAGGAAGCAGUCAAAGACAUUUGGCCUCCCUGUGUGAGAGUGACAGUGGUCAGAUCUCCAGUGCUGCAGGUGGGCACACUGUUCAUCAUCACAGCUGACUCUCUAGCCACCAUUGGCAGAGAGAAAGAAAUGGACCAUGCAAUCCGAAUACCAGAGAUGGGAGUCAGCAAGUUCCAUGCAGAGGUGUACUUUGACCAAGAGCUGCAGGGCUACAUGCUGGUUGACCAGGGGAGCCAGAAUGGCACCGUCAUUAACGGAAACAGGAUAUUACAGCCGAAAACCAAGUGUGAGCCACAUGCACUGAUGCACGGUGACGAGGUGAAGAUGGGAGAGACUGUGCUGUCCUUCCACAUACACUCAGGGACAGAUACCUGUGACGGCUGUGAGCCUGGUCAGAUUAUGGCUCACCUCAGCAAGCACAAGAGAGAGGAGAUGACGGGCCCUACUCUCACCAAAGAGGAUAAAGAAGCACUGAGACAAAAGGAGCUAAAGCAGAUGAAAGCUAAAUAUGGCCUGCAGAGCAGUGAAUUUGAGGGGACCAAAGCAUUGAAAAACCCUAAAUACAAGGAUCGAGCAGAGUCUAGGAGACAGACGGUGGGUAGUGAGGGAGUCUUCCAGCGAGAUGAUGCACCUGCUUCAGUUCACGAGGAGAUCAGUGAAGUCAAUAAAGGACGAAAAAUGCUGGAAAAGAUGGGCUGGAAGAAAGGAGAGGGACUUGGUAAAGAGGGGACUGGAAUUAAGGACCCGAUUGAACUGAAAAUCAGAAAGUCUCAGUCAGGUUUGGGGGCCAGUGCUGCUAUGUCUUUGGAUAGUGUCUCUGUGACCAAAUCAAAAUCCCAGAAGAACUGGGAGAAAGCACGAGAGAGAUUUGCUGAUACAUGUCAGCCUGACUCACAGAAUAACAGCACUGACAGUGCCAAGGCUUGGGUCAAAUCAGAAGAGAUGGAGAUGACAGACUCACAGCCAGGCUGAAAGACAAGUUAUGCAUGAAUGACUGUUGAUAUUCAUGUUGGAUUUAUAUACUCGGUAUAGGAAGUCCUAUUUUUCUGCACUGAACUAAGCAUACAAGAUUUUGUCUUACCUCAGAGUUCAGCCUUAGGAAACAUUGCUUAAAGAGAAGUGAAUGUAACUGUAGUUGAGUCACAGUGAGUUUGUAGACUGUGUCCAGUGAACUCUGGGAAAUGAUUCCUGUCCUCAAAGAAAACCAGCUGUGUGGUGAUGCUGUAUGUGUCUUUAGUGUAACCUACAGAGGGCAGAGCUGCCUUUACACCUCACACAACAAAGAGGACAAAAAUCGCCUCCAGCAAACAUUGACACAGUGAAGCUGUAUUUCUCACAAUGAGAUCAUGCUCUAAAGACACUACAUUGGAUCUGAUUAGACUUCCUCCUAACAAAUCAUGUUAAACCAGUCACAACUGCUCUGCGUAACACUUUCAGACCUCCUUUUUUUUUUUUUUUUUAAAUAAAUGUUGCAGUGUUACACAAUUCCCAACCUUCUCAUUUGAUUCAUUGCCAAGAUCACAUCCUAUUUAACUGUCUUUGGUUUGUUUGCUCAAAAGUGCGUGGAAAGAUACAUCUCCUUGGGUGUAAGGGCAGUGAGCAAACACUUUUAACAGUCCAUCUGUGUGCAGGCUUUUAUCUGUGGGUUCAUUUUGAGGGUGUGUGAAUAUUUGCAUGUGUGUGCAAGCGUACACUUGAAAAGAUGCCACUGUCACACUGAA